AUGGAGAUGAUGGCAAAGAGAAUAGAUGGACUCCAAGUGGCUGCAGUAAACACAACAAGUCAACCUUCAAGUGGAUGGGGCCAAGGUGAAGAAGUUUCCGAGAAAUGCAAUGACGAGCAACAAUCAAAGCAAGUCCAGUAUAUGCACAACACCUCAAGAUCUUCUCAAAAUGACUUCCAUGGUGAUACAUACAAUUCAUCAUGGAGGAAUCAUCCCAAUUUGAGGGAGGAAUGUAAAGCGUUGCAGCUAAGGAGUGGAAAGACUGUGGGGAAUGACAAAGGUGCUAACAAGAAACAAGCAGAAGAGGACAAGAAUGAUCAAGAAAGUUUCAAGAAGGAGGAGGAAUCACAAGCUUCAAAGAAGGGAAAGCAAGUUAUGGAAGAGCAACCACAAGAGAAAAAAAAGGGAGAAGUGAAGCCUUAUGCACCCAAACUCCCUUACCCACAGAUGCUGCACAAGGAAAUGAGGGAUCAACAGUUCCCUAAAUUCUUGGAAAUCUUUAGGAAAUUGGAGAUUAAUAUUCCAUUGGCUGAAGCUUUGGAGCAAAUACCAUUAUAUGCAAAGUUUCUUAAAGAAUUAAUUACUAAGAAGAAAAGCUGGCAUGAGAAAGAAACUGUGAUUCUUACCCAGGAGUGUAGUGCAAUCAUUCAAAAGGGACUUCCACCAAAACUCAAAGAUCCAGGAAGCUUCCUUAUCCCAUGCACUAUUGGGAACAUGGCUAUUGACAAAGCACUCUGUGACCUGGGAGCAAGUAUUAAUCUAAUGCCUCUUGCCAUGAUGAAAAAAUUGAUGAUAGAAGAGGUUAAGUCUACAAGGAUGUCACUACAACUUGCUGACAGAUCCCUCAAAAUACCAAAUGGAGUGGUGGAGAACUUACUGGUGAAAGUUAGAAAGUUCAUUUUUCCAGCUGAUUUUGUGAUCUUGGAUAUGGAUGAGGAAGGGAAUAACUCAAUCAUCCUUGGAAGACCUUUUUUGGGCACUGCCAGGGCAAUCAUUGAUGUUGAGAAAGGAGAAAUGGUUCUCAGGGUGCAUGAGGGACAAAUGGUUAUCAAUGUUUUCAAAGCAAUGUAA